AUGCCUUCUGCCGUGAAACCGCCACAGACUCUGUAUGACAAGGUCUUCGAGGACCACAUUGUCGAGGAGAAGGAAGAUGGCACAGUCCUGCUUUACAUUGACAGGCAUCUUGUGCACGAAGUGACAUCACCACAAGCCUUCGAGGGUCUGCGAAAUGCCGGCCGGAAGGUCCGGAGACCCGACUGCACCCUUGCCACGGUAGACCAUCAGAACAUCCCCACGGCAUCACGGAAAAACCUCACCACGACCGAGAAGUUCAUCGACGAGGCCGACUCGCGGACACAAUGCAUGACCCUCGAGGACAAUGUCAAGGCCUUCGACCUCACAUACUUUGGUCUCGACGACAAGAGGCAAGGUAUCGUUCACAUCAUCGGACCCGAGCAAGGCUUCACUCUGCCAGGAACCACGGUUGUCUGCGGUGACAGCCACACAUCCACACACGGCGCUUUUGGUGCGCUUGCGUUCGGCAUUGGCACAAGUGAAGUCGAGCACGUCCUGGCUACACAGACACUCAUCACACAAAGGAGCAAGAACAUGAAGGUCCAGGUCGAAGGAGAUUUGUUACCUGGCGUUAGCAGCAAGGACAUCAUCCUGCACGUCAUCGGCCAGAUUGGUACUGCUGGUGGUACUGGUGCAGUCAUCGAAUUCUGCGGCUCAGCUAUUCGCAAUCUCAGCAUGGAAGCACGCAUGUCGAUAUGCAACAUGUCCAUCGAAGGCGGGGCGAGAGCCGGAAUGGUCGCCCCAGACCAGAUCACGAUUGACUAUCUCAAGGGACGCCCCCUCGCACCCAAGACGGACAGCCCAGAAUGGAAGAAGGCCUGCAGUUAUUGGCUGAGUCUGAAAUCAGACGAGGGCGCCAAGUUCGAUAUCGAGGUCAACAUCGACGCCAAGGACAUUGCGCCGACGGUCUCCUGGGGAACUUCGCCGCAGGAUGUCGUUCCCAUCACAGGCGUCGUUCCCGGUCCUGACGACUUCCAGGAUGAUGUCAAGAAGGAUGCCUGCAGACGUGCUUUGAAGUACAUGGGCCUCACUGCUGGCACCCCCAUGCAAGAAGUCAAGGUCGACAAGGUCUUUAUUGGCUCUUGCACAAAUGCACGUAUCGAGGAUCUGCGGGCAGCGGCACGCGUUGUCGAGGGCAAGAAGAUUGCGUCCAACAUCAUGCGCGCCAUGAUUGUUCCUGGGUCCGGUCUGGUGAAGAAGCAGGCAGAAGCUGAGGGUCUCGACAAGAUCUUCACCGAAGCCGGUUUCGAGUGGAGAGAAGCUGGUUGCUCAAUGUGCCUGGGCAUGAAUCCUGACAUUCUUUCGCCUGGCGAGCGCUGCGCGUCGACUUCGAACCGAAACUUUGAAGGCCGACAGGGAGCAGGCGGUCGAACACAUCUUAUGUCGCCUGUCAUGGCUGCCGCCGCCGCCAUUGUAGGAAACCUUGCCGAUGUGCGGAAACUCGCUCCUCCAACCUCGUCGGCCGCGAAUGGCUCACCAAAGGUUGAGCUCGAUGCACACAUGGAGGAGGUCAGCAGCGACGACGAGAUCGACCGCAUAAUGGACCUCCCCGCCGAUUCCCAGAUGCACACAGCACCAACCAGCACCAAGGGUGCCACAGCCGGCAUGCCAAAGUUCGAGACUCUCCGCGGCUAUGCAGCACCCAUGGACAUUGCCAACAUUGACACCGACGCCAUCAUCCCCAAGCAAUUCCUAAAGACAAUCAAGCGCUCUGGCCUCGGCUCCGCUCUCUUCCAUGCCUGGCGCUACGAAGCUGGCAGUGACAAGGAAGACGCCAGCUUCGUCCUCAACCAGGAACCGUUCCGCAACUCCAAAAUCCUCGUCUGCACUGGACCCAACUUUGGAUGCGGUUCAAGUCGAGAGCACGCUCCAUGGGCGUUGCUCGACUUUGGCAUCAAAUGCAUCAUCGCCCCUUCAUUUGGUGACAUCUUCUUCAACAAUACGUUUAAGAACGGCAUGUUGCCUGUACGCAUCACUGACCAAGCCGCUCUCAACAAGCUUUACGAGAUCGCCAAGUCGGGGCAGGAGUUGGAAGUCGAUCUCCCCAACCAAGUUAUCCGCGACUCCAACGGCACCGAAAUCACAAAGUUCGACGUUGAGGAGUUCAGGAAACAUUGCCUUGUCAAUGGUCUGGACGACAUUGGCCUGACUAUGGCGAAUGAGGAGAAGAUCCAGACACAUGAGAAGAAGAGAACGGCGGUCUGGCCGUGGCUGGAUGGUAGCGGUUAUCUGAAGAGGCAUGGACGUGGGCCGGUAAAGAUCGAGGCAAAGCCGGUGCCCAAGACUAACCGGGGUGAGGUGCUAAAUGAGCCGCUGGAGUGGUAGAGAAGCCGGGGUAUGAUCUUCUAGGGAGGGGUCUAUUCCGCGAAUGCGAUGGUUAAAUAGCUAUGAGUACAUGAUGGACGAUAUCAAGGGCACGAUUCAUUAUAAUACUUUGCUUUCGCUAUAUUGUCCAGGGAGCUUCAAUGCUGUCCAAACGCCAGCCUUUUCGGUAUACCGCGCUAUGCAGCCCACAAUCUACGAAUAUCAACGC